GACAGUUUCUAGACGUAUUCCUUCCGCUUUCGCUGUGCUGUGUACAUUGUAAAUUUUACUGGGCUGACAUCAGUCAAGGCAAAGCCUUGUCCCAUUAUUUAAUUCUCAUGAUUUUCUGAUCUGAAACUCUUUUCUCAAUGUCCAGCGUACGAAUCCAACAGCCAAGAUGGAGGUCCACGUGUUAGACAACUACUACCUUACCAUAACUCUCUUAAUCACUAUUGGCUAUCAGCUCUUCUUCUUUGCUAUUGCGUUUUCCCUUAAGUUCGAUAAACUUACAGACUUCGCUGGAGGAACCAACUUUGUUGUCCUUGCAAUUAUUACGCUUGCAUUCAGCGGCCAUCACAAUGCACGCCAAAUCGUGUGUUCUCUCUUUAUCAUGGUCUGGGGGCUCCGGCUCUCCGGCUUCCUGCUCUUCCGAAUCAUUAAGACCGGCAAAGAUGAUAGAUUCGAUGACAAACGCGACAAGUUCUUUUCAUUCCUGGGAUUCUGGGUAUUUCAGAUGAUCUGGGUCUGGGCUGUCUCAUUGCCAGUCACCGUCUUGAACUCGCCGAACGUCACUCAGUACCCGCAGCCAGCAUUUGGAACGGGCAGGGAUAUCGCAGGUGUUGUUCUAUACUCAAUUGGCUUGAUAAUGGAGAGUGUCAGCGAUGUACAGAAAUACCGCUUCAGGUCGGGGACCAGUGACAAGUCAGCGAUUUGUGAUAAAGGGUUUUUCAACUGGUCGAGACAUCCAAACUACUUUGGAGAAAUCCUCAUCCAUUUCUCCAUCUUCAUGAUUGCCGUUUCUCCAGCAGCAAACGGCUACGUCCGCGGCCAAGCAUACAAAGCCCUCUACGCCACGAUCCUUGGACCCUUCUUCCUCACCAUCCUCCUAAUGUUUGUCUCCGGCUUGACACUCCAAGAACGACCCGGAGCAAAGAAGCGAUACGAGAAGAACAACCACUGGGAAGAAUACGCUCGAUACUUGAACCGAACAAGUAUUUUGAUCCCAUUUCCGCCACAAAUAUAUGAGAAACUACCUACGAUCUUAAAGAGAACGGUCUUCUUGGAGUUUCCGAUUUAUGUUUUCGAUCCGGCGAAGCAUUCGGAUGCUAGCAAAGGUCAGAGAGGAGCGGAGGAAGGGAAUAGUCACAAACCGAGUACGGCAAGUACGAAUAAUAGACAGAGUGGUGAUCAGUUAGUGAACAGUGGGUCGUGAUGGGAAGGUGGUAAUGAUCAUGAUGAAAGAAGUAUGGCAUGAAGUUCAGCGUGUGAGAUACAAUAUCUAACAUCAGCACCAGCAUUAGUUCCAACAUAACAUCAACUCUUAGCUUAGAAGCUCUGCUAUUGGUCAC